AUGAGAAGCAAUCAUUAUCAUACAGUCCUCAGAUCUGCACGGUUAACUUAGUUGCAUGAAGAUAUAGACUAUCAGCUAAGAGAAUUCUAAUCACCUAAUCGCCAAUUAAGAGAUGAUUCUUAAAACAGGAGUGUAUCAUAUGCUCCUAAUACACAUCAUCAUGCUUAAUCAGCUAAUCGAGCAGAAUCAAGACUCCAUUUAUUGAGUUUAGGUCCAAGCACUAACAAAAAGAGAAAGUUCUCAGGCACCUCAUCCGAUGAUGAGAACAAUAAUUCUAGUCCAAAUGAGAUCAACCAUUCAACAUAGUUAUCACAAGACUUCUCUCAGUUCUUAUUCUUAGAAUCAUUAUCUGACAUUAAAAUAAGAGUUAGGAAGUCAACUAGUCAUUGUGUUGAAAUUCCAGCUCACAGGAUAGUACUAUCUGCUCGUUGCCCUUACUUUUAGUCUAAAUUCUGUCGGGAUUGGAAUGAUGUGAAUCAGCAAGUUGCUCAUUUUGAGGAAUUCACUGAGAAUUCAAUGCGAGAAAUCCUGAAAUAUAUGUAUACAGGUAAACUUAAGAUAGAUGUGUCUAGUAUUAUGGGGGUGCUCAAGAUUGCUAGUUUCCUUGGACUUGAAUCAUUAACCAGUUCCUGCAAAUAGUACUUACUAAAUGGGUACUUUAAUGCCUUUGACUUAUGCAUUUUAUACUGCGAAGUCAGAGAUGAAUCAACUGAUUUCGAUGAAAUGCGAUAAUUCUUAGUUGGGAUCAUUCCAGAAAAGAUAGAAAAUGAUAUCUUGUGCAGAGUCCUUAAGGAAAUAUGGUAAAGUAGCAAAUCUAGGAAACAAAGUACCUCUAGCAACAAUCAGCCUCGGAAUUAAGCACUUGCAGAGAUAUAAGAAGUACCAUCAGAAGAGAUGAAACAAAGUAUUUUAGAAAAUGAUGAGGAAAAUAAAUCCUAACCAGCAGAGAAAUCCCCUGAAUAAGAGAAUUAGGAUUCUCUGAAAAACUCAGAAGAGAAGAAGUCCAAUUAAAAUUCCAACAGAUCUCAGAAGUCAAAGCAUCUAGAAUCUAUUCAUAUAGAGGUGUCUGAAUAGGAUUUACAAGACAUUUUAUUUGAAAAGCUCCAGAAAGUCUUGCCAGAAAUUCUAGAGGGAGAGUAAACCAAAUAAGAUUUCUUUAAUUUGCCUAAAGAUCUCAUCCUACAACUUGUGAGUUCAUCCGAGACUCUAGUAUCUGAAUCUCUUUUAUUCAAAGCUAUAGAGGAAAAGAUUCUCUCAUUUAAGAUCAGUGAGUCUAAGCAGGAAUCUAAGGAUAGCGAGGACAUGAAAAGGACAAGUAACCAUAACAAUUUGAUAGAAGAGUAUGAAUUGCAAUUCUUAAAAUGCCUUUUGAAUCAUAUCAGAUUGCCUCAUAUAAAUAAUAAGUUAUUAGUAACUGACAUCAAAUUCUCUGGUUUCUUUGAGGAUUAAAAGAUCUUUGAGGCCCUUUAGUUCAAACUAGCUAGAGAGGUAAUAAGUAAGUAUGAGCUAGAAUGCAACCCUAAGUUCUAAUUCAGAGGAUUGAAUCAGACAUUUGACAUCAGUCAUGAAUAGUUGUAGGUCUAAAAAUUAAAAAAUAGUAUUGGGGUUUCAAUUUAAAAACCUAUUCCAAACCCAGAUGAAAGUAGUCAACCAACAAGAUCAUCCCCCUACUCAGCUGCCAUUAUGAGUGAAUAGCUGCCCCUCCAUGGUAUUCACUACUUUGAGAUAUCGGUUAGGAAUCUAUAAGCUUCCCACCAAACUUCAAAUUAGGCAUAACAACCAUAUUCAUAAGCCAUUAUGAAAUAAGUUUUUGUAGGAUUGUGUUCACUAAAUGAAAACUAGUCAUUGGAAGACGUGCAUAGAGCCAAGAAUUCAGUGAUGCUAAACUGUUUUGACUCUAGUUUCUGGAGUAACGGACAGCAGUUGCAAGUAUACUCUAACAAGUUUAUUAAGAUCAAGACACCUAUUGAGGCGAAGGAUGUCAUCAGAAUUGCUGUGGAUUUGAGACAUGCCUCUAAAUUUAAAGACAUCUGGAAAGAAAACCAGGCCCAGGAGUAAACUUUAAAUGGUGUGGGGGAUAAUAGAGACACAUAAAGCAGAUACUCUGCUGGUGGAAGUAGAUCAGCCCAGUUUAAUCUAAGGGAAAGAUUAAGGGAUUCCAUAAGAUACAGGGGUUCAAAUCCAAAUAAUAACAGAGGGGAUUAUAACCAUAUUUCAAGUUUAAACAUGAUCUUUGGCUCACACAAUGAACUGACCUUCUUCAACUCUCCUUGCAGAUUCCAUUUCGCUUUUAACAAUUCAGAGUUCCACGAAGGAGUAGAUUUAAAUCUGAUGGCGGGUGCAAAGGACAGUCCAUUACAUUUGGUAAUUAGUAUCUUAGAAUAAGGCUCAGAGGUAAUUGCCAGCAGACAUGUAUACUUUGAUGAUUGGGAUAUGAUACCAAAAUCUCCCUUUAUCUUAAAUCAACAAUGA